AAGAAGUAACGGGAAGAAUCGUGCAGAUGACUUGGUUUAAACCUGUUAUAGAGAAAAUAUCUAUCCCGGUAUUCGAGAAAAUAUCUAUCCCGGUAUUCGUAAACUGAAGGGAAGUGUACAGUUAACACGUGGACGAUAAACUCCUGGUACAUAUAAAUAAAUUGACAGUGAAACCUUAAGUAACAGAAAACUCAAAAAACAGGGGAAGCGAUAGCGAAGCAAGUUCACCUUCCAAGCAACACCGGAACCAAGAAGCGGGAGAGAACUUCACGCCAUUCCAGCCGGUAAUGAAUAACAUCAUUGAACCCAGCAUUCAAUAACCUUCUACACAUGCACAUUUUUGCCACUGGGAGAGUUGACAGCGAAGUGAAAUGACAUUCCAUGACAAAUGCUAGUCGGGAAAUGUUUUGUGUUGCAUCAAUUCUGGGUCAUUUUAAAAGUCAUGUAAUGACUAUGCAGAAGAAAUAGACAUUAUUAUCUAUCACAGCAUGGUAUUUGAGCCCAUCAAGUGGUUCAAAUGCCAAAAAAAGUGAUUAGAAAACAAGCAAUUUAGCCCAUAGAUGGAAAUGAAGAAAGAUUGGUGUUUCACUAUGUAAAGAAUGAAGCAACAUCCUCACACAAGAAGAGCACUGCUAUAGAAGACAUUUCCAAAGGCCCAAAUGAUUGUGCUAAUGUGAAACAGGAGAUCAGCCACUCCACAAAAAGGAUGAAGGAUGAGGAGGAAGGUCAUUCUCUAAAAGUGAGCAAAGUUGAAGACAGUGGGGCAUCUGAAAUCUAUAGAUUGGCCAAAAAGCUUCUGAUGACAAAAUCCCCAGACAUGGAAGAUGAUUGGAAAAGGUUGAGCGAAAUGAAGGAGAAAUAUGGGCCUUCUUUUGCGAGAGAAGUAGAAGGUAUCUUUAAGGACACAGUGGAAUCAAAAGAUUUGAUGUACCACUUCAAAAAAAGCAAGGAAGCAGAAAACAUUUCAUUGGAAAUCUACGUAAAUGUGCUAAGACAGGCGUAUUGGCCCAACCACUUGUUAACAGAGCUCCACUUGCCUUCAAGUAUGGUGAUAUCACAGCAACUUUUUGCUGAUUUUUAUAAGAAGAAAUACAACAAGAGAAAACUAGAGUGGGUACCAAGACUUAGCUACUGCCUUUUGAAAGCAGCUUUUCCCAAAGGCAGGAAGGAACUUCUUGUGUCCCUCUUACAAGCACUCGUAUUACUUUUGUUCAAUGAUGCUGAUGAACUCACCUUGGAUGAGAUUAAAAGCAGGACCAAUAUUGGGGAAAAUGAACUGAAGAAUACCUUGCAGUCCUUGGCUUGUGGGAAGGCUAGAAUUCUGCAUCAAGAUCCACGGGGCAGGGAAGUGUGUGAUGGCAGCUCCUUCUCCUUCAACAAAGACUUCAUCUUCAAGAGGCUAUAUCGGAUCAAAAUGAUUCCUCUGAAAAUAACUGAUGAAGAGCAGCAGCAGUUGGAAGAGCCAGCAUCCCAACAGUAUAAACAGCAAGUGGAUGUAACCAUUGUUAAGGUCAUGAAGACAAAACAAGUUAUCAACAAAGAUCUCUUAGUCUCAGCAGUACAGAGCCAGCUGAAGCAUCCUGCUGAGCCAGAAGAUAUACAGAAGAGGAUAGAAGCUCUUAUAGAUCUUAAUUACCUAGAAUAUAGUAAAGAAAAACUCAACAGCUAUAGCUACAUCACAUGAUUUAUGCAGAAUCUCCUCCUCUAUUAUGAUAUUUAUUUAAUGGCUUUGAUGAGUUCCACAAGGGAGGCAAAUAACAUGUUUGUCUAAAAUACAGUAAAAGUGUAUAUUGAUAUACUGUGUACACACAAAUACAUAUGAAUUAUAUAUACCUGUAUAUCUGAUAUAUAUUGUAUAUUUCUUUCAUAAAUUUAUAAAGCU